AUGGCAACAGCAGACGCACCAGACGAGAUGAAGGCCUCUCUUUCUGAUGCGGAACGAGCCCUCGCUUCCAGCACACAGCAGCAUGGAGAAGAAAGCGAGCUAGUUGCUCUUGGAUAUACACCUGCUCUUCGCCGCAAUCGCUCUCUCUACACCAUUUUGUUUCAGGCGCUUGCUAUAACUGCUGUACCUUUCGGCGAAGGUGCCGCAUUGACUAGCGCAAUAUACGGCGGGGGCCAGCUUGCAUACUUUGUGGGAUGGAUUGUUGUUGCUCUGCUCGAUCAGUGUGUCGCAGUGUCUCUGAGUGAGCUUGCCUCAAAGUUCCCGACAUCAUCUGGGCCGUCUUAUUGGUCAUUUCAGCUGCUUCCUGCCGGCCGGGCUCGGACUAUAUUCUCUUUCAUCACAGGAUGGGUUUGGCUCAUUGGGAAUAUUACCAUUUGCCUCAGCGUAAACUUUGGUACGGCGUCACUCAUUGCUGGGACGGCCACCAUCUACCAUCCGGACUGGGUAGCAUCCGACUGGCAACUCUUGCUCAUCUUCUAUGCCGUCUGCCUUGGUACUUUUCUUAUAUGUGCGUUUGGAAAUCGUCUCCUCCCUUACGUGGAUACCGUGGCAUCAGUAUGGAACGGCCUCACUAUUCUGAUUGUCUGUGUCGCCUUGUCAGCGACUGCCAAUGCUGGACGCCACAGCGUGGCAGAUGCCCUCGCCAACUAUGAUCAGAGUUUCUCCGGAUGGCACAAUUUCACCUUUUUUAUCGGCCUGCUUCCGACAGCCUACACUUUCGCAGCCAUAGGUAUGAUCACAUCGAUGGCGGAAGAAGUAGCGGACCCAGCCCGAGACGUUCCUACGGCGCUGAGUCUCGUGGUGCCUAUCUCUGGGGUCGCAGGUCUCUUCUAUAUUCUUCCGAUAUGUUUCACGCUGCCACCCCUUCAGGACAUUCUGAAUGUCCCUCAAGCACAGGCAAUGCCAUACGUCUUCCACACUGUAAUGGGCACUCCAGGCGGCGGCCUAGCUCUGAUGUUUCUCUUACUAGGUGUUGCAGUAUUCUGCUCGAUCAGUAUUUCUACGGCUGCCUCUAGAACACUUUGGGCUUUUGCACGCGAUCAAGCAAUUCCAUUCUCAAGCAUAUGGUCGAAGCUGAUUGGCGACCAAGUACCCCUUUCAGCCUUGGCUCUGCUGACUGUGAUCCAAAUGUUACUUGGUCUGGUCAAUCUAGGAAGCACGAGCGCCUUUACAGCCUUUGCUUCAUGCGGGGUCAUUGGGCUUGCCGCAGCAUACGCCAUCGUCAUCGCAAUCUCUCUGGUCACACGUCGAAAGGCCGUGUCAACGGCUCGAUGGAGAUGCCCAGUCCUGGUUGGGUACUUUGUCAACGUAAUGUCUAUUGCCUGGGUUGCUUUUCAACUGGUGCUUUUCAGCAUGCCUGCCGCCUUGCCAGUAGCCGUGGCAUCGAUGAACUAUGCCUCUGUUGUCCUUGUCGGGUUCAUGCUUAUAUCUCUUAUCUACUAUGUCACCUACGGCCGAAAAGUCUAUAAUGGCACCCCUGCAAGUGAUGGUGUAUGA